AUGUUUGGACGUCCACCACCCUCCAUCCCUCAAUUGUUGCUCAAUGACACAUCUAAUGCUACUGUUCAAUUCGAGCUGUCCAACAGGGAGGAAAUUCUACGCAAACAUCACACAAACCUGCAUAAAGCUGAAUUGGCAAUGAAACGCUGGGCUGAUUCCAACCAUCGUGACCUACAAUUCGCAGUGGACGAUUGGGUCUAUGUUCUACUUCAUCCUAGAAGACAAAUAUCACCUACCGGGGGACGCUUUAGCAAGCUCUACAAGCGUUACUUCAGUCCAUUCAAAAUCACACAAAAGAUCAAGGAAGUUGCUUAUAAAUUGGACUUACCUCCUGCUGCAAAAAUACACAACGUAUUGCCUCUUAAAACCUCAUCUCGGACCGUCCCCAGCUCAACCUUUUCCCCUACCUCCUGA